CUUAAACUUGUCAACAAAAAGAAAAUAUUGUUACGGCAGAAUAAAUCUUCAUCGGUACAUCUGUUUUAGUCUGCUGUUAAAGUAAUACGUUAUUGUUCAUUUAGUCGGCCUUGGUGUGGUGGGGAAUGCUUCCCUCAUCCAACAACAUAUUUGUAUGGUUGGUGAAAACAGCUGGCUUGACUCCUCCCCUAAUUCUUUCACCUAUAAGAUUAUAAAAAGGUACCUGUCUGCUCAACUUUUGGCCGUUGUUUAGCGUGGCUGAGGGUGUUUGGGGUUCUUGCUGUAAUUUUAAAUGUUGGCUGAGUAUAUUUUGUGUUGAGACUCCAUUGCUGACCAGCCUACCUUGUUGUAGGGUCACAACAUUAAAGCGUACAGCCAAAGUUGCUCAGUGGAGAGCAGUGUGCACCAACACAUUUCUUCUUGCAUUUAAACUAAAUUAUACCCAGUACCACUAACUGUUUAGCUGCAAGCUUAUUUAUUUUAUUUAUUAUGGAAUCAUUCAGAUCAGAACAUUCAAACAAAAGUUUUUUGUUUCAUUUUUUAGUAAUUACUCAAAAGUAUUUUCGGAACUUUAGUCAAAGUACAGUUUGUGCUCAAUUAGACCGAGUAACCAGCAAGUAAUUCAUCAGUUUUGUUCUCAUAUACAGUACCAGUUUUAUUAUAGAAUCAGGAUUAAAUUAUACAUUACUCUAAUCAUAUCCUUCUCCUAUUGUGAAUGAAGUCACAUUAUUGUCUGUAUCUGAAAGUGAAAGCAUAAAGCCUAAAGUAUAUAAGAAGAUUCUUCCUGCCGUCAUUACUUGACACGACACUCUGCGGAGCCACAGAUACAAAGGUGAGUGAUUUCUAUCAUGUCUACCAACUAUUUUGAUGAGAAAUGUCAUUGUAGUGUAUUAUCAUUUUUCUCCUGGUGUUCUUAAAUAUUCCACUGAAAGAUGUAAAUGACCUGUACAUCCAGUGCUAGAAAAAUUAGUGAAUGAAACAUUUUCCCUUCUAGCCCCAAGGAAUGUUUGACUUACUUCUGUGUUUUUAAUUCUUUAUUACAUUGCCUAUUUCCUACUACGAGGCUUAACCUGUUACUCUUGUUAAGUCUAAUAUUCAAUUUUGCUAAAUCUCUCCAAAAAUGAAUAUAAUUACAGUAUUUCAUUUGAACCUUUAUAGGUAGGUCUUUACUUGCCAAUAAUAUAUUUUAGGCAUUAGCAACAUUCAUUCCCGAGGAAAUUGUAUUUAAAUUCAUUCACAUUUACAUUUUUGGUCUCCUUUUACAGCAAUGGCAGGUACGUCUUGACCUGUCAUAACUUCAGCACCUAAAUAUUUAAUUUGUUGCAAAAGGUCUUUGAAUGUUUAAUUAUGCCACCAUUAACAAAAAAAACCUCUCUUUAGGAUUUUUUAGUCAGCAAUGGAAGAAUAUUACACACAUGUUUGGAGGAUCACCACAACCUGAACCUGAGACUUUGAUUGGAGAAUGGAGAAAAAUACGAUGGGGCCAACAAGAGGAGGACCUGCAGUUUAUGAAGGAUUAUCAGCCUUACAACAAAGAAGUCAAACAGCUCAGAGUUCUGCUUCAUGGACCAAUUGGUUCUGGAAAGUCCAGCUUCAUCAACUCUGUUGAAAGUGCUUUACGAGGCAAAGUCACUGGUCGAGCUUUGACAGAUACAAUCUCUGGAGAAAGCUUCACCAUAAAACGUCAUACCUACAAAAUCAACAAUGGACCAGGGACAUUUUACCCUUUUGUCUUCACUGACCUCAUGGGCAUCGAGGGGUCAGAAACACAAGGAGUUUGUGUGGAAGACAUCAAACUGGAAAUGAAGGGACACAUAAAAGAUGGUUACACGUUCAAUCCGUGCUCUGAAAUAAAAGAGGAUGAUCCAAACUACAACAAGAGCCCCACCCUGGAGGACAGAGUUCAUGUUCUGGUUUGUGUCAUCGAUGCCAGCACAAGAAGUAUAUUGAAUACGGAAUGUAUUAGAAAGAUGAGGCAGGUCAGACUUGCAGCUAGAGACUUGGGGAUUCCUCAGCUGGCUGUUCUCACCAAAAUUGAUAAAGCUUGUCCAGAGGUUGACUCCGAUGUAAAGAACGUGUAUAAGAGCAAGUACAUAAAGGAAACGGUAGACAAAGUGAGUGCGGAGCUGGGCUUUCCACCGAGGGGCAUCUUUCUUGUGAGGAACUACGACUCAGAUAUUGAAAAAAAUGAUGAGAUCAAUACACUGAUCCUGAGUGCACUGAAACGGAUCAUUGACUCUGGAGAGGACUUUGUCAACAACCCGUAGACCUAAAAUACUGCUGAGGCCAAUUUUGCUUUUUAAAUAGUCUUUUUGUGGGUUUUAUUAUUAGAUUAAAUGAGACUUCUAAUAGUUGCUUAAAGUAUGUUGGGGUGUAUCACCCUCACUACAUAUUAGUUUUUGCAUCAUUAUUUUGAUAGUUGCUUUGUUAAUUUAGGUGGUAAUGUCUGAUGUUCCAGUUCCCUAGUAAUCAUUGAUCUGGUAGAAUAGAAGAUCAAAAGAAAUAAUUAAGUCUAGAUGGGCGUAAUUUGAUAGUUAAACUUGUAUUAGUCUACUGAUUAUCCAUUGUUUUAUUUCAAUGUUUUACUGUGUAUUGACACAGUGUGCUAGUACUGCUGUUUAGGUAAACCCACAAUAAAUAACAUGAAUAAUGACA